UUUUCGCACUUUUUUGUUGCAGAUCUUUGCUGGCUUUGCCAUUCCCGUUAGAACGCACACCCGCACAGCACAUACACACCUACCGGGACGGGACACUCACAGGGAGCCAAAACCGCCAGUGACUUCCACAUUGCUUCAAGAUCUCUCAGUCCGCCGUCGCUAAGCAAAUUCUCACUCAAUCCCCAUUCGCCAACCCAACCACCAUGCCGCUCACCCGCCACAUCCCCCGCUCCACCCGGCCCCUCACCCGCCUCCACUCCACCACCACCGCAGCAGCAGCCCUACCCCUCCCAACGACACUGACGUCCCACUUCGCCGCAUUAACAGCCCCGGCACAAACGGUAUCAACAUCACCAACCCUCACCUCCCUCACCGGCGCCGCCCUCGGCUGGCUGUCCGGGAUGCUGUGGGCUGUGCCGAAGAAGAAGACGACCCAUCGGAAGAAGCGGAUGAGGAUGGCGACAAAGUGGCUCAAACCGCUCCGCAACAUCUCGUCGUGCCCGUUCUGUGGACAGCCGACGUUGAUACAUCAUUUGUGUAGGACGUGCACUAAGGAGGUUUUGAAGGAGUGAAUUUCGUAGGUGGUAGAGGGGAGAGGGGGGUGGGG